AUGGAAGGUUUCGUGCCCCAUCAAUGUAAUUGUGGUAAAACGGUGGAAAGUCGAUGCAGGGAUUGUAGCUUUACGGCAUACUUCUGCCUUGAUUGCUGUAAUCACCUGCAUCAGACCAAACAUCAUUUUCAUCACCCAGAAAUAAUACAGGUAUGCAUGACCUUUAUAAUUAUCAAUUUUGUUUUUUGCCCAGAAGAGUAACCCGGGUUUAAGAAAUUUAUUAAGCUUGUCUUUUUUUUUAUACUGAAUUUUUCAGGACGGUGUUUGGAAAUUGCACACUGUUCCUGACAGGACAUUGAGUAAUCCCUAUCAUUCUUGCUCAUUUUCCUACACAAGGAAAUAA